UGACCAGUGUUUCAGUAACUUGCCUGGUGUUACGAGAACAAGGCCAACUUAUUUUUCUUUACAUAUUCUAAUAGACGAAUAGUGUUUUUUCUUUCUUCAAAAUGGUGACUUCGCUGAUAUUUUGGAUAGUUCCUUCGCUGUUGAGCCUUGUGGACAAACCAACAAUGGCCGUCUCCUUAAACAAAUCAUCAGACGAGUGUAACCAUCCACUUGGCGUUGGUGAUAAACGGAUUGCAGACAGGCAGUUAACUUCACCUUCCUUUGUAUCAACUUUAUACAUCGCAAAAGACGAUAUUUAUAUAAAUGCCAAGCCAAACUAUGGUCGACUGAAUGGUAAAUAUGCUUUCUGUGGCGGACGUUUCUCAUAUUUACAGGUCAAUCUUAGUUACGUUGUAAACGUGACAGCAGUUGCUACGCAAGGUCUUGACGAUUGGGCACCAAGUUAUGUUAAAACUUACCGUCUUCGUUUCAGUUUAAAUGGUCAAGAUUGGUUCAACUAUAGCACUCCAAAUAAGGUUUGGCGAGGAAACAUCAACGGUCGGGGCAUAAAACGGAACAAUUUCAACUCUUCUAUACAGACUCAAUAUUUACGUUUUUAUCCUCAACGUUAUAAUUAUGAAAGAUGUCUUCGUGUGGAAGUCUAUGGCUGCAAGUCAAGUGAUCCUGGUCAGUUAGAAAAUACUUCAACAACUCCUCGCCUGACGACAUCAAUUACUGAUGUAAAGGUCACCACAGCAAAAACUAAUACAACCAAACCUAUAGAUUAUGCAAAGUUCACCCCUACGAAAACUGAUGCAACCUUUCCCGUAGAUGAUGUAAAGGUCACCCCUACGAAAAUUAAAGCAACCUCUCCUGCAGACGAUGGAAAGGUCACCCCUACGAAAAUUAAAGCAACCUCUCCUGCAGACGAUGGAAAGGUCACCCCUACGAAAACUAAAGCAACCUCUCCUGCAGAUGAUGUAAAGGUCACCCCUACGAAAAUUAAAGCAACCUCUCCUGCAGACGAUGGAAAGGUCACCCCUACGAAACCUAAAGCAACCUCUCCUGUAGAUGAUGGAAAGGUCACCCCUACGAAACCUAAAGCAGCCUCUCCUGUAGAUGAUGGAAAGGUCACCCCUACGAAACCUAAAGCAACCACUACAAUGAAAGAUGAAAAGUCCACCUUAAUUGAAGUGCUUCAUGUUGGGAGUCAUUUGAAUGAUACUGUUGUCACGGAGAUUCCCAUAGUUCCUCAUGACGCUGUUUCUCAUACAAAUGUUGCAUCGUUGUUGGGUCUUUGUAUUGGAUGUUUUGUAUUGGUCGCCUUGACUAUUUUUGUUUUCAUCUUACUCAAACGUAAGGCAGCCGCCAUAAAACCAGAAGAUGUCAACAGGAAUGGUCAAGACACAGUAAGUGUGAUAAGAGUGCCAUCAGAAGAGUCAAAAUUAUAAAAUCAGGUUUAGUUGUAAAAUGAUGAAAUAUCCUAUAAAAUUUUGAAAUGAUAAAAUAUCCUGUUUGAUAUAAGAUUAAAAUAGCAGCAGGGGACAGUUAAAUAGUUUAAUUUAUGCGUUACAUUACACGAAAACUUAUGUAGUUGAACACUGGUAAUUUUAGAUGGCAAAACCGCUGUACAAAUAUUGAGCCAUUAUGUAAAUUUAUAAUCAUAUGCAGGUUUUGUGUUUUAAAUCAAUUGCUCGAGAAAGCCGACGCCCUCUCUCGCCCGUAGCCACCGAUUUAGAAGUAGUACAGUUGGUAGCCGCUAGCACUGUAGCCAUGAUAUUGAGGACCCUUUAGCCUAGGGGGGGUCCUGGGGCAUGCACCUUAGAGAAGUUUUUAUUGCCAUUUAUCGCAUUUUAGGACACUUUUAAACAAGAAAAUUUAGUAAAAAAAACUGUGAAAAUAAUCACUAAAUGCUUUUGUAA